GCCACUAAACGACGUCGGACCCACUGCGUUCAAAUUAAGCAGUGGGAAGAGACCUAAAACUAAAAGCACAAGCAAAAAGAAGAGGAAAGUUGGGGUUGGAGCUAAUCUUCAGCGCUGCGCUACGAAUUCGAUUGGCAGUGAUUUCGGAUACGAUUACGAGGGAAAGAGAAGACUGCAGAAAGAGAGAGAUUGCAUUAUGCAAACAGAGGCAAGAGUUGGAGUGGUGGUAGAGGGAGGGGGGCAGAGAGCUCUUAAUUCGGGCCACGCCGAUGGCGGUGCAAGGAAGUUCUCACAGCAGCAGCAACAGCCAUUGCACCAGAAAUCUCAGAUCGGAACGGUAUCGCAGCUUCUUGCUGGAGGCGUUGCCGGCGCUCUCAGUAAGACCUGUACGGCGCCGCUUGCUCGGCUCACUAUUCUCUUCCAGGUGCAAGGUAUGCACUCUGAUGUUGCGACUUUGCGAAAGACGAGCAUAUGGCAUGAGGCUUCGCGGAUUGUUGGUGAAGAAGGAUUCAGAGCUUUUUGGAAGGGGAAUCUGGUUACAAUUGCUCAUCGUCUACCUUAUUCUUCUGUCAGUUUUUAUGCAUAUGAGCACUAUAAAAAGCUACUAAAGAUGAUUCCAGGACUGGAGAGCCGAAGAGAAAAUAUGAGUGCGGACAUUUGUGUACAUUUUGUAGCUGGUGGUUUGGCUGGAAUAACAGCUGCUUCAGUUACUUAUCCAUUGGAUCUUGUAAGGACACGCCUUGCAGCUCAGACAAAUGUGAUAUACUACAGAGGUAUUUGGCAUGCUUUACAAACUAUUAGCAAGGAGGAGGGUAUUUUGGGUCUAUAUAAGGGGCUUGGAGCAACACUCUUGGGUGUUGGGCCAAGUAUAGCAAUCAGUUUUUCAGUAUAUGAGACCUUGAGAUCUUUCUGGAAAUUGCAUAGACCUGAUGAUUCUACUGUCCUUGUAAGUCUGGCUUGUGGAAGUCUUUCAGGAAUUGCAUCAUCAACAGCUGUGACUAUGCUUUUGAUGCAGAGAACAGGGUGUGGUGCAGGUUCUGCACCAAGUACCUAACCAGACUGACUGACCCUAGAGCCAGAGAACAGACUGGAGUUGUUUUUUUAUCUGGCAUUUGAGAAUUUUAGUAAGGAAGUCAACAGAAAAUUACCUUCUUAUGUCAUUCAUCUAACAUUAUCCUUUAUGUAAAGAUCUUUCUUGGAUUAAAUACCUGUUUUCAACACUUCCUCAAUAACUUGUCUCCCAAGCUUUGCAGUGGGUUCCAUUAUGGGGUUGCACUACUCUCAGGUGAACCUAUAUUUUCUAUCAGGUCCUCCUUGAGGUAUGCUUCUCAGUUAGGCUUCCAUUGCCAAUUGAUUAAUGGGCGUUGGUAUCCUUCAAGCCUUGCCGAUAUUUUUAAGGACUCCAUUCAUUUUUCUGUUCCAGAAAAUGAAACAGGCAAACUAUUUUUUUUUUUUUUGUUAUUGAAAAGCACUGACUUACUGCAAGAUUUGAAAAAGCGGCGGUGAUGCAAAUCUAGAAGUAAAGUCAAACAAACUCCUUGUCUAUUUUCUUGGAAGCAAAAUUAGUUGCUUCUGAUUGAGUAGAUCUGUUGCAUGUGUCAAAACCUUUUACUACGACAAACUCAAAUAAUGCAUUCACAUUCUUAAUG